AUGGCUCUUCAGCAAGCCAUACAUCUUUUCUUCUCCAUGCGAGUCGUGGUGCUGGUGAGAAUGAGAAGCAGUAGUGAUGGUGGUGGCAGUGGUGGUAAGAAGAGAAUGAACUGUGGUAGCAGUGAUGGUGGUAAUGAUGGUGAUGGAGGUGCUGGUGGUGAUGACAGUGGUAGUAGUGCUAAAGGUGGUAGAUGUGAUCGUGGUGGUGGCAGUGGAGGUGGUGACAGUGAGGAUGAUGAAGGGUUCCGUUCCUCCUUAGACAAACAUGUCUCACCAGACAAAGCAUCCCACACCCCAACCCCCAGUGGGCUGCGGGAAAACCCCGGCAGCGGUGGCAGCUCCGGCGGCGGCGGCUCCGGUGGUUCCAAUGGCGACUCCGGUGAAAGCGUCAAGAACUACGGGAGCGGUGGCAGCUCCGACGGCGGAUGCUACUUUGCUGGCGGCGGCUCCAGCUGCGGUUUCAGUGGGAAGAACUCCAGCGGCGGUGGCUCCUCUGACCAGCAGGUCAAGUGCCAGAGCCACGGAGGCGUCUCUAGUGGUGGCUCUUCCGGGGACGGCUCCGUUGGCGUUGGCGGCUCCUCCGGGGGCAGCUCCGGCUGCGGCGAUGGCUCCUCCGGGGGUGGCUCCGGGGGUAGCCAGGGCGUCCCGGUCUGCCAUCAGACAAAGCAGAAGCAGGCGCCUACCUGGCCAAGCAAAUAAGACCCCCUGGACGCCACGGAGACGAAGGAGCUGGAGGUGUUCUCCGUGGGCGCCGAUGGGCUUAGCGCUCUCAUGAUAUUGCACUGAGGUUUCUCAAUCCUUCACGUCUUCAUCUACCCAGAAGAAGCCAUUGAGCUCUGGGGCUGCAUCUUGUUCUGCAGUUUUCCCUCCUUGGUUUCUGUGCAACUACCUCCCAACCCCACU